CCAUCAAUUUAUGUGAAGAAGACUUCCGGUGGUGUGUCAUGGCGGUGGCAUGGUGACUCCUUUAGAAAGGGGAAAGUACUCGGCCUUUUCGUCCUUUCCCAUCACCACGGGACGGAUUUUCAUGCGUCUCUGAACCUGUCCGCUCCGCCGUCGUACCUUGGAUUAGUAGCGCAGCGGCUAUGGCGGCUCACAAACCGGUGGAAUGGGUCCAGGCCGUGAUUACUCGAUUUGAUGAGCAGCUUCCGAUUAAAGUUGGACACCAGAACACCCACACUAAAGUGAGCACGGAGCACAACAAGGAAUGUCUGAUCAAUAUCUCCAAAUACAAGUUCUCGCUUGUCAUCAGUGGCCUCACCAACAUCCUGAAAAAUGUUAACAACAUGCGGAUAUUUGGAGAUGCUUCUGAGAAGAACCUCUACCUCUCCCAGCUCAUCAUCCUGGAUACACUGGAGAAGUGCCUGGCUGGGCAAUCCAAAGACUGCUUGCGACUGGAUGAGACCAUGCUGGUUAAACAACUACUGCCAGAGAUUUGCCAUUUCAUCCAUACAUACCGCGAGGGCCAGCAGCACGCUGCUGAACUUCGAGCCUCGGCCUCAGCUGUCCUCUUUUCUUUGAGCUGUAAUAACUUCAACGCUGUCUUCAGCCGCAUCUCCACCAGGUUACAAGAACUAACGGUGUGUUCAGAAGACAAUGUGGAUGUCCAUGACAUAGAGCUGAUGCAGUACAUCAAUGUGGACUGCUCCAAGCUAAAGCGGCUGCUGCAAGAAACUGUGCUGAAGUUUAGAGCUCUGAAGAAACCUGCCCAACUUGCAGUCAUCAACAGUUUAGAAAAGGCAUUUUGGAACUGGGUGGAAAAUUAUCCAGAUGAGUUCACCAUGCUCUACCAGAGGCCUCAAGCAGAUAUGGCAGAAGCUGCAGAGAAGUUAUUUGACCUGGUGGACAGCUUUGCAGAGAGUGCAAAGAGGAAAGCCGCAGUGUGGCCGCUGCAAAUCAUCCUCCUCAUCCUCUGCCCAGAGAUCACACACACCAUCGCCAAAGACACUGUGGAGGACAGCAAGGUCAACAAGAAGCUGUUUCUGGAUAGUUUGCGGAAGGCUUUAGCUGGCCAGGGAAGCAGCAAACAGCUGAUGGAGAGUGCUGCCAUCGCUUGUGUGAAACUGUGUAAAGCCUCCACCUAUGUCAACUGGGAGGAUCACUCCACCAUUUUUCUGCUUGUCCAGUCCAUCGUCAUGGAUCUCAAGACGUUGCUGUUUAACCCAGCCAAACCUUUCUGGAGGGGAACAGCCAGCCAGAAUGCUGACUUGGAGCUCAUGAUGGACUGCUUUGUCUCCUGUUUCCGCAUCAAUCCUCACAACAACCAGCACUUUAAGGUCUGUUUGGCAUCUUCAUCCCCUUCCACAUUUCACUUUGUUCUGGUCAACUCCCUGCACAAAAUAAUCACAAACUCUCAUCUGGACUGGUGGCCUAAAAUCGACGCUGUGUACUGCUACUCCGGAGAGCUUCGCUUCAUGUUCUCAGACACUCUCAACCGGGUGAUCCAAGGAGUCGGCACCCAUGCACCACUGCGAAUGACAACGAGUCUCACAUUCAAAGGGAAGAUGAGCACUAGCCUUAAAUUCAAAGAAAAAGCCACAGAUCUUGACACUCGAAGUUAUAAGUGCCUCCUUCUUGCUUUGGUCAAACUCAUUCAUGCUGACCCCAAACUCAUGUUACAUAACCCAGUGAAGCAAGGUCCAGAUGUCCAGAGCAGCACAGCAGAGCUCAUCAUUGGACUAGUGCAGCUGGUGCCACUAACCAACACCGCGCAACUCUCACAUGAAGCUAUGGAGGCUCUGUUAGUUCUCCACCAGCCAGAGACCAUAGAGCUGUGGAACCCCGAUGCACCAAUGGAGACCUUUUGGGACAUCAGUUCACAGGUGCUCUUCCUCAUAUGCCGUAAACUGAUUGGCCAGCAGUUGAUCAAUGGGACGGAUGUACUCAAAUGGCUGAGAGAGAUUCUUAUCUACAGGAAUAAGUUUUUGCUCAAGAACAAGGAGUGUGCCACGAUGGGUGCAGGUAUUCCCUUUUGCCGACAGGCGCAGACAAAACUAGAGGUUUGUCUCUACAUGUUCCUUUGGAGCCCAGAUACUGAGGCGGUGCUGGUCGCCAUGUCCUGCUUCCGUCACCUUUGUGAGGAAGCAGAUAUUCGCAGCGCUGCUGAUGAGGUUCCCGUCCAGACCAUCCUGCCCAACUAUGCCACUUAUAGUGAGCUGGCCUCAGUCAGCAACAUGAUGGGCACAGGACGAUCCACGUUGCAGAAGAGAGUGAUGGCUUUGUUAAGAAGAAUAGAGCAUCCCACCCCAGGAAACAUUGAGGCUUGGGAGGACACACAUUCUAAAUGGGAUCAAGCCACUAAGCAGAUUCUUAACUUCCCAAAAAACAAGGGCGAUGAUGGACAGCAGGAGUGGAUCAACAUGACAGGCUUCCUGUGUGCUUUGGGAGGAGUGUGUUUGCAGCAGCGCAGCACCCCUGGCCCUGCUACUUAUAGUCCACCAAUGGGUCCCAUGAGCGAACGCAAACACUCUAUGAUCUCCAUGGGCUUCUGCGAGGUUUCAAAUCCUGUAGCUUCCACAUCCUGCUCAUCGUCAGCCUCCAGCGAAACACCCGUCAGCCGCUUCCUGGACCGACUGCUGUCCCUGCUGGUGUGUGGCCAUGACAGAGUUGGCCUCCACGUUCGCAACAACGUCAAAGACCUCUUGGGACUGGAACUUAGUCCUGCCCUGUAUCCCAUGCUCUUCAACAAACUCAGAAACAGCAUCGGCAAGUUCUUUGAUACGCAAGGGCCGGUUCCUAUCAAUGACACCAACACCCAGUUUGUGGAGCAGACCAUUGCCAUCAUGAAGAACCUACUUGAUAACCACACAGAGGGCAGCUCUGAACACCUGGGACAGGCCAGCAUCGAGACCAUGAUGCUAAACCUGGUCAGGUAUGUCCGCAUUCUGGGUAAUAUGGUCCAUGCAAUCCAGAUCAAAACCAAGCUGUGCCAACUGGUAGAGGUGAUGAUGGAGAGACGGGAUGACCUCUCCUUCUGCCAGGAGAUGAAGUUCAGAAAUAAGAUGGUAGAAUACUUGACUGACUGGGUGAUGGGUACCUCCAACCAAGCUGCUGAUGAAGACAUUAAGUGCCUGACGAGGGAUCUGGACCAGGCAAGUAUGGAGGCUGUGGUGUCCCUGUUAGCUGGCCUUCCUCUGCAGCCUGAAGAGGGCGAUGGAGUAGAACUGAUGGAGGCCAAAUCUCAACUCUUCCUAAAGUACUUCACUCUGUUCAUGAACCUGCUGAAUGAUUGCAGUGAGGUGGAGGAUGAGGGCCAGGCAGUGGGAGGACGGAAGAGAGGAAUGUCUCGCCGCCUGGCUUCUCUUCGCCACUAUACUGUCCUGGCCAUGUCGAACCUCCUCAACGCAAACGUAGACAGUGGCCUUAUGCACUCCAUUGGUUUGGGCUACCACAAGGAUCUGCAAACUCGAGCCACCUUUAUGGAAGUAUUGACCAAGAUUCUACAACAGGGAACAGAGUUUGACACACUGGCUGAGACGGUGCUGGCUGAUAGGUUUGAGAGACUGGUGGAACUGGUAACCAUGAUGGGAGACCAGGGGGAGCUUCCUAUUGCAAUGGCACUGGCAAAUGUGGUUCCUGGUUCUCACUGGGAUGAGCUAGCCCGUGUGCUGGUGACACUGUUUGACUCCCGCCACCUCCUCUACCAGCUUCUGUGGAACAUGUUCUCCAAAGAGGUGGAGCUUGCGGACUCCAUGCAGACGCUCUUCCGAGGCAACAGUCUUGCAAGCAAAAUAAUGACCUUCUGUUUCAAGGUAUAUGGUGCGGCGUAUCUGCAGAAGCUGCUGGAACCUUUAUUGAGAGGUGUCAUCACCACCCCAGAACACAUGGGUUUUGAGGUGGAUCCAACCAGACUGGAGCAGGGAGAGAACCUGGAGGAGAACCAGAGGAAUCUCUUACAGAUCACAGAGCGGUUCUUCCAGGCCAUCAUUGGCUCAUCCAGCGAGUUCCCCCCACAACUCCGCAGCGUCUGCCACUGUCUCUACCAGGCUACUUGCCACUCUCUACUGAAUAAAGCAACACUAAAAGAAAAAAAGGAAAACAAAAAAGCAGUGGUGAGUCAGCGUUUCCCACAGAACAGUAUCGGUGCAGUGGGCAGCGCCAUGUUUCUGCGCUUUGUCAACCCAGCAAUUGUCUCUCCGUAUGAAGCUGGCAUCUUGGAGAAGAAGCCUCUGCCCAGGAUAGAACGGGGCCUCAAACUUAUGUCCAAGAUUCUGCAGAGCAUUGCCAAUCAUGUGUUGUUCACAAAAGAGGAGCACAUGAGACCCUUUAAUGACUUUGUGAAGGGCAACUUUGAUGCAGCCAGACGGUUUUUCUUGGACAUAGCGUCUGACUCACCACCCAGUGACUCUGUCAAUCACAGUCUGUCUUUUAUCAGUGAUGGUAACGUGCUGGCUCUGCAUCGUCUGCUGUGGAACAACCAGGAGAGAAUCGGCCAGUACCUCUCCAGUAACAGGGAUCACAAGGCUGUGGGGAGGCGACCAUUUGAUAAGAUGGCCACCCUGCUGGCCUACCUCGGCCCUCCAGAACACAAACCUGUGGCUGACACUCACUGGUCCAGUCUCAACCUGACAAGCUCCAAAUUUGAAGAAUUCAUGACCAGGCACCAAGUGCAUGAGAAAGAGGAGUUCAAAGCAUUGAAGACUCUCAACAUCUUCUACCAGGCAGGCACAUCUAAGACCGGCAACCCUGUGUUCUAUUACAUUGCACGCAGAUUCAAAACAGGCCAGAUCAACGGUGACUUGCUCAUUUACCACGUCCUCCUCACCCUCAAGCCUUACUAUGCCAAGCCCUAUGAGAUUGUGGUAGAUCUAACACACGUAGGACCCAGCAAUCGCUUUAAGACAGACUUUCUGUCCAAGUGGUUUGUGGUCUUUCCCGGAUUUGCCUAUGAGAAUGUGGCAGCUGUGUAUGUUUACAACUGCAGCAGUUGGGUGAGGGAGUACACAAAGUAUCACGAGAGGCUGCUGACUGGCGUAAAAGGCAGCAAGCGCCUCCAGUUCAUUGACUCUCCUGCUAAACUGGCUGAACACAUCGAACCUGAACAACAGAAGCUUCCUGCUGCCACGUUGACCCUGGAAGAAGAUCUUAAAGUGUUCCACAAUGCCCUCAGAGUGUCCCACAAAGACUCCAAAGUCAUAAUAAAGGUUGGAUCUACAGCGGUUCAGGUGACCUCAGCUGAGCGGACUCGAGUUCUUGGUCAGCCUGUCUUCCUCAACGAUGUCUACUACGCCUCUGAGAUUGAGGAGAUUUGCCAGGUCGAUGAAAACCAGUUCACACUGACCAUGGCUAACCAGGGCAUUCCGCUCACAUUCAUGAACCAAGAGUGUGGUGUCAUUGUCCAGUCCAUCAUCCACAUUCGAACACGCUGGGAGCUGUCGCAGCCUGACUCCAUCCCGCAGCACACCAAGAUCCGACCAAAAGAUGUUCCUGGCACUCUUCUCAACAUUGCUCUUCUCAACCUUGGCAGCUCUGACCCUAGCCUGAGGUCUGCAGCUUACAACCUGCUGUGCGCUUUGACCUGCACCUUCAACUUAAAGAUAGAGGGCCAGUUGCUGGAGACGUCAGGACUCUGCAUCCCAGCUAACAACACACUCUUCAUAGUGUCCAUCAGCAAGACUUUGGCUGCCAAUGAGCCACAUCUCACCCUGGAGUUUCUGGAGGAGUGCAUCUCAGGCUUUAGCAAGUCUAGUAUCGAGUUGAAGCAUCUCUGUCUGGAGUACAUGACACCCUGGCUGCUGAACCUGGUUCGUUUCUGUAAGCACAAUGAUGAUGCCAAGCGCCAGCGUGUCACCGCCAUUUUGGACAAACUCAUCACCAUGACGAUCAACGAAAAGCAGAUGUAUCCCUCCAUUCAGGCCAAGAUCUGGGGCAGCUUGGGUCAGAUCACAGACCUGCUGGAUGUGGUGUUGGACAGCUUUAUUAAGACCAGUGCCACAGGAGGACUGGGCUCCAUCAAGGCAGAGGUCAUGGCUGACACUGCUGUAGCUUUGGCUUCAGGCAAUGUCAAACUUGUCUCCAGCAAGGUUAUUGGCCGGAUGUGUAAGAUCAUUGACAAGACCUGUCUGUCACCGACACCCACCCUCGAGCAGCACCUGAUGUGGGACGAUAUUGCCAUUUUGGCCCGCUACAUGCUCAUGCUGUCAUUCAACAACUCCCUGGAUGUUGCAGCCCAUCUGCCAUAUCUGUUCCAUGUGGUGACCCUGCUGGUGGCCACAGGGCCCCUGUCUCUCAGGGCCUCCACUCACGGUUUGGUCAUCAACAUCAUCCACUCCCUUUGCACCUGUUCACAGCUGAACUUCAGUGAGGAGACGAAGCAAGUUUUGCGACUGAGCUUGACUGAGUUUUCCCUGCCCAAAUUCUAUCUGCUGUUUGGCAUCAGCAAGGUCAAGUCAGCUGCCGUUAUUGCCUUCCGCUCCAGCUACCGUGACCGCUCCUUCUCACCAGGGUCAUAUGAGAGGGAGACCUUUGCCCUAUCAUCUCUGGAAACAGUCACUGAGGCCCUGCUGGAGAUCAUGGAGGCCUGUAUGAGGGACAUCCCUGCCUGCAAGUGGUUGGACCAGUGGACAGAGCUCGCACAGAAGUUUGCAUUCCAGUACAACCCGUCCCUGCAGCCCAGAGCUUUGGUGGUUUUUGGCUGCAUCAGUAAGCGGGUGAGCCAUGGCCAGAUAAAACAGAUCAUCCGGAUCCUCAGCAAGGCCAGCCCACUCCUCAGCAUAGACCGGGGUCUUGAGAGCUGUCUGAAGGGACCGGACAAUUACAACAGCCAAGUGUUAAUUGAAGCCACUGUCAUUGCUUUGACCAAACUACAGCCUCUCCUCAGCAAGGAGUCUCCGAUGCACAAAGCCCUAUUCUGGGUGGCCGUAGCUGUGCUGCAGCUGGAUGAAGUCAACCUGUACUCUGCUGGAACCGCCCUGCUGGAGCAGAACCUACACACAUUAGACACAAUGAGAGUUUUCAAUGACAAGAGUCCAGAGGAAGUCUUCAUGGAGAUCAGACGUCCUUUAGAAUGGCACUGUAAGCAGAUGGAUCACUUUGUUGGCCUCAAUUUUAGUGCUAACUUCAACUUUGCUCUGGUGGGCCACCUGCUCAAAGGAUACAGACACCCAUUACCCACGACUGUAGCUAGGACGGUGAGAAUCCUGCACACGCUAUUGGCUCUUAUCAGCAAGCAUCUGAAAUGUGACAAGUUUGAGGUCAACACCCAAAGCGUGGCCUAUCUGGCAGCACUCCUUACUGUGUCUGAAGAGGUGCGAAGUCGCUGUAGCCUCAAGCACAGGAAAUCACUCCUGUUUUCUGACCUCUCCAUGGACCCAGUCCCCAUGGACACCUACUCCAGUCACAUGACAGAUCCCAGUUGUCGAACUUUACGAGAGACCCAGCCUUGGACGUCACCUCAGGUUUCAGAGCGAUAUCUUUCUGCCCACUAUCCCACAGUUGGCCAGAUCAGCCCACGAACACGCAAGUCCAUGAGCCUGGACAUGGGUCAGCCUUCACAGGCCAAUACAAAGAAGCUCCUCGGAACCAGGAAGAGCUUUGAUCAUUUGAUAUCAGACUCAAAAGCACCAAAGAGACCAGAGGUGGAGUCCGGCAUGACUACACCUCCCAAGAUGAGACGUGUUGGAGAGAAUGACUAUGAAAUUGAGACACAAAGAAUUGGAAACUCUCAUCUUCGCAAGGUGUCUGUGUCAGAGUCCAAUGUUCUACUGGAUGAGGAAGUGCUGACUGACCCCAAGAUCCAGGCUCUUCUUCUCACAGUGCUGGCCACCCAGGUCAAAUAUACGACAGAUGACUUUGACCAGCGGAUUUUGUAUGAGUACUUGGCAGAAGCUAGCGUUGUCUUCCCAAAGGUGUUUCCAGUUGUCCACAAUCUACUGGACUCCAAGAUUAACACUGUGCUGUCCUUGAGCCAGGACACCAACCUGUUGAACCCCGUCCACGGCAUCGUCCAGAGUGUGGUCUACCAUGAGGAGUCACCCCCGCAGUACCAGCCCUCCUAUUUACAAAGCUUUGGCUUUAAUGGACUGUGGAGAUUUGCUGGCCCCUUCUCCAAGCAAACCCAGAUACCAGACUAUGCCGAGCUCAUCGUCAAGUUUCUGGAGGCGUUGAUUGACAGCUACUUACCAGCAGCUGACGAGGAGCGAGGAGAGGAGCAGCUACGGACUCCCACUUCCCCGUACCCUCCAACUAGCCAAAGCCAGCUCAGCAUCACUGCCAACCUUAAUCUGUCCAACUCGAUGACCUCGCUGGCCACCUCCCAGCAUUCACCAGGCGUGGACAAGGAGAAUGUCCAGCUGUCUCCGAGCUCAGCUCUGUCCAGCAGCAGUCGUACUCGCCACGGUUCGGCCAGUCAGGUGCAGAAGCAGCGCAGUGCCGGCAGCUUUAAGAGACCCAGCAUUAAGAAGAUCGUCUGACGAGCCAGAGAACAACCUGCUCCGCUCCACCUCCAGCCUCCAGGCCUCAUGCUGCACUCCACUUUUCAACCUUUUUAUUUACUUCUCCUCCUGUGUUUUGCUUUGGCAGGAGAAAGAUUUUUUUUAUUAUUAAAGUUUUUUUUUUUUUUUUGGGUUGUUGUUUUGCUUUAAGGAAUAACGGCAAGAGCAAACUGAGAUUUUUCCUUUUUUAGAAUCAUGUUUGUUGUCUUUUGGAGUCUGUCCUUGUGGAAGAAGAGGUGGUUUCAUGGGUCUUAAAGGCCACACAGAAAACAGACAUCAGGGUUGCAGUUGGACAUGGAUGAAGUCCUCAAUGGUGCCAGUUUUUGGUGCCGGAAGAGCUGAAAAAGAAAAUUCAGACUUGGAUGAAGGAUUUGGAUUUUUGUCAUGUCUGCAAGAUCCUUGGCCUUCCCCAUUGACUCUGCAUAAACACUCUGUCAGUCAGCGCCAGAUGGACCAAACGACAACCGCGGCAGGAGCCGACCUGAGGAACGGAGCCACUGGGGCUCGUCCCCAGUCCUGUACAUAUUGUCAUAGACAGAUGAUGUAUAACUCGUCCUUAGUGAUAAUUUAGAUGUUGAGGUUCUCUCCAUGGUGUGCCUUUGUUGGGGGUUUUCAGUGUGUACACUUUGUAUAGUUAAGAUUUGCUGAGAACAAAGAACAGGUACUAAUUAUGGAGGCAUGCCGUCCAUAUCACCAUGAGUUAACAUGCCGCAAAAGAGCUGAGUCAUGACUGGCCUCCAAUGAUCGUCAGAUAUACAAUCAUCCAUAUACCCUGUUGCCUGAAAGUAUUUAAUCCUGUACAGCUAGAUAGUGCUACAAAAUUAUUCUUUUACAACACUUUCCAAAAACCUGAUUCUUUUCAAACACUUUUUGUGUGUGAAUAUGAAGAUUUUAAAACACUAGGGGAAAAUAGAUUUGUAAAUAGUUAACUUUUUUUUUUUGGUAUAAACUGUCAUUUCUGUGCAUUGCAUUUGUGUGUUUACACAGAGUAAAGAACUGUGUAAUGGGUAGGGCUGCAACUAACCAUUUAUACAUUAUCCAUUAAUCUGUUAUUCUGUCGAUUAAUCGUUUGGUCUGUCGCUUGUCAGAAAAUGAAUUCGUUAUCAGAUUCCAUUGUGACAUCACAAAUCGUCUGUCUUGCCAACAGUCUUAAACCCAAACGUAUUGAGUUUACAAAAUGAAACGGAGAAAAGCCGCAACCACACAAGGAUGUUUUUUUUAAUGACUUUAUUCAACAAUUACCAAAAUAUUUGGAGACAAGCGUUUUGAGUAACAGGCAAUAAUAAUAAACUCUGAAAGUGCUUUGCACAGCCUAACAGGGAAAACACAAUCCACACAGAGCGACGCCAGUUCUGUGUUUCAAAACUAUUUUCUUUCAUGUCGGAUAGAUUUAUUACCUCCAACGAUGACCACCUUAAUUGGAGAAAGACUGUGUGAUGCUACAGUAGAACACCACCUGUUAUUUCACCUUAACAAUAAGAGCCGGUAGGAACCGAGCAAUAGCAGCCAUUUUAAAGGACGCAUAGAAAAACGCGUUCCCGCCUUUGUUUGUUGGUUUGGUCAAGGUUUCAAGAAAACUGUGACCUACAAACAUGCUUUCUACUGAGAAGAAAAUGUUUUAAAAGAAGGAAGUACAUCAGGCUUAAUGUUUUAUUAACACUAGUGACAUAUAGUAAUUAUUUAGUAAGUAAAAUGCAUAAAGUGACAAAACUUGAAGGGCAAUAUUACAGCGCAUACUUCUGCCAAGGUCCAGAAUGCUUAAACUGGCAACGAGUUUCAGCGAUAUUUUUUGCCCCCGUUCCUUCAUCUGGAUUUAGCAACUAAAUGUCGUGAUUUGUGUUCCGAGCCAGGCUAAACUUUUUCUCAUAGUUUUGUGAAAAUGCUUACAUUAUAAAGUAUCAGUGUUAAAUUUAUAUUUCCCAUCACUGCCCUUUACGUAAAUCAACCAGUGUCACUCUCACCAUGUUCGUAGUUUAAUAAAAGUCUGUUCAUUAGUUUUUGAUUGAACCUGCAUGAAGGAAGAAUCUCAUGAAGAAAGAAAAAUUCAACAUGAUGAAUUUCACGAAAGAUUUGGGACCAAUUUUGUAUCCUAAAAACUCAGCAGGUGACCAAAAUUAGGUGGCGCUCCACUCAGCUGUAUUUUAUUAUUUGAAAUUGAGAUGACAGAAAAUUUUUAUUUAUUUUUAAUAAUGUCCUUUCUGCUCAAAAAAAGAAAACUCAAAAAUUGUUGCUUUCAGGCUACUGGUGGGAGGAAAAAAAUUAACAAAGGAUUUGUGACAAAAACUCGGUUACAUAAAGUUGUGUUUUGCGAGGAUUGAUUUAUACCACAUUAAGAGUUGACAUGUUGGGAUUAAAAUCAUAAUUUGGGCAAAAAUUGGUGAUCUUAAACAACUGGGACUGGUGGGGUGUUUGGGGGGGGGGGGGGGGGGGUGCUAUAAUAAGUUCCUUGUAUGGGUCUCUGAUCAAAAUCUUUUCUUGCACACUUUAGUGUUCUCAUAUUUGUGAUAGAUAAUGUGCCGAUAUGUGAUUUGGUUCUUAUUAUUGAAACAAAAGUAGAACGUUUUCCCUACUUUUACUUUUUUUUUUAUUAACACUGCAGAUUCUCUUUGCUGUUGGAUUGUUCACACUUUUCUACCCACAUAUUCUCCAAGUGUUAUUUAAUAAAAAUAUGUAAAUUACCGUUUUAAUUUGUUCAACGCUUGUCUUACAGUGAGAACUUUCUUCUUCUGAGUAUGCCUGUUUUCUUAAAAUAUCAUCCCAGCUUUGUAACUUUAAUCUUAAAAGGUGCUGUGAAUUCCAUUUUAAACAUUAUAAUGUAGCUGCCGAUCAAUGAUUUCUCCGUCAAUAUGAGAAUGAACGACACUCGAGUUUUUCUCUUCCUCAGUUUUUUACAGUUGCCCCUCCCCCGUCUUUGACAAAACAGCAGUGACCACCCAACAACACCCCCCCCAAAAAAAAAUAAAAACACAGCCAGAGACUAAAACAUCCCUCUGACUAAGAAUGUGGGUCGACUAGAAUCAGGGGUCUAGCUUUUCCCAGAUGAUGAUCCCUUUUAGCUGCUACAGGGCUCCAGUUUGUCUUGGUACUCUGUUUCCUUCUCCUUGGUGUGGGGUAGGAGUGGCCGAGGGGAAGCCCGUGUUUUGAUCUGAGAUGCUGAUGGUUUCCUGCAACAUCCAGUUGCACUAUAUCGUGUACAAAACCCUUAAAACCAUGUGUUUUGUCUCAUAAUGUUGAGGUUCAGCUUAUGCUCUGCAGUACAAUGAAGAUGGCCUUAAACCCAGUCGUACAUGGAAGUAUAGAGUUGAAUGUGGGGAAAACGAGUCAGCAAAUAUUUGGGUUUAUUAGAAUCUUUUCAUCAUUGGCACAUUAAUAGUGUCGGCAGUGAAACAGUUGGCUGAUACUCAUGGAGAUGGUACCAAACUCAAAUUCAGUCAGAACACCGCGGUGUCGGCACAUUUCUGUUACUGGACGGCACCUCCUCAUAUGCCGACGUUUUCGAGCAAAUAAAACCUGUUUCUAAUUUUGGUUCUGUAGUUGUAUUUCAUGUGGAAUGUGUCAAAGUCGAGGCAUGUCAUCUGCAUCUUCCCAGUCCACCCAGCUCUAAAUGGGUACUGCUCCUGGCUCGGGAAGUAACCCGAGUCCUGUCGAUGAGGAGUUGAAGUUGUGCUAUCCAGGGUUAAACAUCAACACCAGUGGCAGGGGCAGGUCGAGCUUCAGGUCAAGGGUUGGUUGGGCUAUAACUCAGGCGGGUCCGGGGAGAUGCACCCCAGGAAGCCUUUUUCCUGCAUUCUAGGGCAAUCUGGCAAACUGAAUACUGACUCUAGUCUUUGUUUUUAAUGCAUAAUUUUUAUUUAAACACUAGAAAGCUUCUAUUUCUGCAUGCACCAGUAAGCCUUUCUUUUAGUAAGACCAUUCCCAAAUUUUAUCACGCUUUUGGUCAGUGCCUCGAGUGGGGGGCUGCAUCUCCUUCAACCCCCCCCCCAUAUAGGACUCUGACUUCAGUGUUCCAGCUGGACUCACUGAUGUUCAUCUAAACCUUAGUUGUUAGAACACGUGGAACAGUGGUGAUUUUGUUUUUUGUUUUGUUUUGUUUUUUAAACAAACCUGAAAGGAACCUCCCAGGUCUAGUAAACUGGUUCUGUUUGGUCACUCUUUGGAAUCAGCUGUAAAGUCUUUGUUCGUGUCCUAUCACAUACCACCACCUCACUGUUCUAAAAGGUACGCUUGGUGAUUUUUUUUUUUUUCUUCAGAAAAAUCUUGGUGUUUCUUUCGUGUGUGUGUGUGUGUGUGUGUGUGUGUGUGUGUGUGUGUGUGUGUGUGUGUGUGUGUGUUGUCAGAUUGUUCAUUUAAGACCAUGUUCCGUCCAAAAGCAGUACUAUGUAAACAACAUGCAAGCAUGUGUGUUAGCGUGUUGGUUUGUGUGAGAAAUCACCCAGGAGAUCCGGAUUAAUUGGAGCAGCUGACACUCCAUGAAGGCAGAGUUUUAGUUUACAAAUCCACUGAUUUAUCCUACUUGAUUGGCCACGCCCACUGUUGUCAGCGGCAUCACUGAACUCAAUGAGGUGCUUUUUUUGUUUGUUUUCAACAGUGCUUUCCUUGCUGUGAGCGCGGCCUUAGCGUGACGAGUGUGUGAAUGGAAAGAUGAAAGAUUAUCUCUCCUGGACCUCUUAAAAAAAGUGGUUGACUUGCACUAAUUUAAAAACAGUCAUGGGUUUCUAAAGAUGGAAAAAUGCGGCAUGUUUUAUUUGAUGUUAUGCAAAAUCUAAUGUCUGUAGAGUUUUAGUCUGAGUGUUUAUUUUAAUGCAGUAUGUGUGACAAUUGUAAAUAAUUUGUGUACAAUUUAAGAUGGUAUAUUUACUACACUGUACAUACAGGUGAUAUUGUAUCAUUUUGUUUUUGUAAAGCAGUUAGUUUCUGUAUAAUACUACACAAAUUGAACUAUUCCAGUGUUAGUAAUAAAAUGUUUUGCUCUCCA